GGUAGUUUCAAGUGAAGAAGUCUGUUUACAAAUUAAUAUUUAAGGUUAGGAAGUUUUGCCUGCCCAUAAAUCCAUUUGGCUAUUUUGCAAAAAGCAUUAUAUAAUGCAAGCAAUAGCUGUCACAUGGAGAAAACUUUCUACAAAUGCACGGUCUGCUAGCUCAAUCACUAACUUAAAAAAAAUAGGGAGAACAGCAUUUAGUAAUAAAUACUUACUUUAUACUAAUGUGACAAUAUCUGUAAGCUUAUCAGCUGUUGGUGAUCUAUUGGAACAGACAUAUGAAUUGUACACAAAAGAUAUGGAAAAGUACGACUUUAAACGGACUAUGCAUAUGGGCUUUUCUGGUGUAGCAGUGGGGGUACUUUGUCACCACUGGUAUAAAGUGCUUGAUAGGUUUAUUAUAGGAAAAACAACCGAUAUGGUAAUAAAAAAACUACUUUUAGAUCAAUUAAUUUUCUCACCAAUAAUGAUUGUUACUUUUUUUGGUAGUUUAGCAUUAUUAGAAGACGAUCCUAUGGAUAAUUUUAAGGAGGAAGUGAGACAGAAGUUUGUUACUUUAUAUAAAGCUGAAUGGAUGGUAUGGCCUCCUGCUCAAAUCAUAAAUUUUUAUUUUUUACCCACUAGAUUUAGGGUUUUAUAUGACAAUACAAUAUCUUUAGGAUACGAUGUUUAUACCUCACAAGUGAAACACAAUAAGAACAAUUUGAGAAAUGCAGACCGUAUUUCAGUUUGAUAUAGGUUAAUUGCAAUAGAUAGUCAAUUAUUUUAUUACUGUACCAUCAGAUGAUUAUUGUUUAUAAUUAUUUUAAUGUAAAUAUUAAUUAGUAAGAGAUAAACUCGAGCUGUGAUUGUACUAAUAAAUUAUUUAUUUUUACAAACAUUGUUGUUACCAAGUUGUAAAAGUCGAAAAUUAUUACAUAUCAAUAAAUACAGUAAUGACUUGUUA